AUGUCUCCUUUCAAGGUCCUUUUCAUCUGCAUUCAAGCUUGUCUUCUCCAGAUGGCCUACACCCAAGUCAUCACUGGCAUUAACAACGCCGGUGGCUGGUCCGCAGGCAGCGUUAACAGCGGCUUCACUGGCGGCUACGCGCCCUCAGACGUCGCCGCCGUUGCCGCCCUGCCAGUCUCUGGCCCGUACGGCGGUACUGGCACUGGCGAGAUGACCGUAGCGGGCGAGGUGCAAGCGACCGGCCAAACUAUUGUGACAGGCCAAGUGCCAGUCAUUGGCACGGUGUCCUUCAGUGGCAGCAUCCCAGCCAGUGGCGUUGUGUCCAUCGCUGGCAACUGUGGAUGUGCUAAUGCUCUAUAA